AGAGGUUAAAGAAUGAAAAAGAUCAAAUAGCUGCUGACGUAGCCGAUAAAAUUGAAAAUCUGAAAUUUGUGCUAGCAUUUAUUUGUACGUACGUCCAGCUUUCUUAUUUCAAUUUGGAGAAGUUUGAAGAUACAAUGAAUGCUGCAAAAAGAGAGGUUAAAGAUCUGCUUCGAUCAAUUUUGGAUGAUGUUGACAACAACAUCGGGUGUAAAUACAACUACAUGAAUCAUACCCUUCCUAGCCUCGCCAAUAAUAUGGAUGAUUGUAUCGGCUCAUGUCAGCGUUCUAAAUCAAGUGCCAUCAUUACUGAGGAGCAGUUGAACUUCCUCCUUCUGAAUCUCCAUCAUCUAUCCAAGUUUCUUGCUGAAAAGGUUUAUCCAUAUGAGAUUCUUCAGAAUGUGAGUGGCAACAUGAGAGAUUUCCAUGGGUUGAUAGUGAAUGGUUGCGUUGAGCAAGAAAUUGUUGAAUAUGUCUUACCUUAG